AUGGUCAACAUACUUUCCAAUAUUCUCCUCCUUGCAGUUGCCGCAACCAGCGCCAACUGCGCUGCUGUCUGCGAGCCCUCGCCGACAAAAGUGCCAGAGCCGACACACACCUAUCAGUCCUGCGGUGGCUUCCGUAUCAGCCCAGUUCCCUGCCCAAAGGGCCACAUUUGCGUCGACGACCCCUAUAAGGGUGGAUGCGGUAUGGCCUGCGAUAUGCCAGGUAUUUGCGUCAAGCCGGUCUUCUGCGGUGGCUUCGCAGGCAUCCAGUGCAAGGGUGGGAAGAAAUGCGUCGAUGAUCCUCGUGACGACUGCGAUCCGAAGCAUGGAGGGGCCGACUGUGGUGGAAUCUGCAUUUAA